UUCUGCCUAGUGGAAGAGAACUCUGCGCGCCGAGCUGCACGGGGAGGAGCCAUGGCCGGAGCUCGCACUUGUCGCGCGUGGCCGGGGCGAAGCUCGCCCGCGCCCGCCUCUGCGUGGCCGGCCCCGGUGUCCCUGCUAUGGCGGCCGAGCGUGGCCGCCUCCUCCUCGUUCAUCUCCAGGUCGCCGGCGAAGCCGAGCUUCUUGGAGACCAGCCAACCGAGGCCCCAGUCCGACCAGCGCUUGAGCGGGCCGGGGCGGAGCUCGCCCGCGCCCGCCUCUGCGUGGCCGGGCAUGCACGGGCAGCAGCAGCCGGACGGGCGCGCUCGGCACGACGGUCCGGGACGCCACGACACCGCGCCCAGGUCUUCUCGGCGAUGUCGAACGCGACGGCGAGGCAGGGGCGGAGCUCGCCGUGGCCGCUCCUUGCACCGCCACUCCAUGUCCAGCCGCGCGGCCCACAACCCCGCGUGCCGCCGACCGUUGCCGCCCAGGCAGAACGCGUCUAGGUGCCUCUCCGUGGACUCCCCGCGCAUGAACUCCUCGGGCAAGAUCGUCUUCCAGCAGGGCCUGGAGCGCAGCUGCAGCUCCCCGUGCAGCCUCCACGCCGUGGCCAGGUCCUACUCGUCCGGCGUCCGCGUGGCGCCCGUGGUGCUCAACGUGCCGGUCUGCUCGCGGCCGGUCUUCGGGUUCUUCAAGGACAAGAAGGAGUCGGCGGCCAGCAAGGACGUGGCGGCGACGAGGUCCGGAGGUGGCUGCAGCAGCGGGUUGUGGUGAAUGGAGAGGAGGAGGAGCAGAGGAGAGACAGACGAGAGGGUGGGAGGGACAACGUGUGAAAAUUUUUCACCCACGUCCUAAAAUUUUCGCCGGCAGCCCCUCAAACGGCGAAAAAAAUGCGUUCUGAGAGGCCCAACGGCUGGAGAUGCUCUAAGUCUUGGCCAAAUCUUCAGGUGUGGACGUGUGGUGCUAGGUCUACUUCCACACUUUACUUUUCUUUCUUACGA